UCUUUCAUUUUGGAUUUUCGAAGGCAUGUUUCUCAGAAUCGGUUAUGGAGACCAGCCAGUCCGAUGACUCUGAGUUGGCAGGACCGUUGUGGGCCAUGUUGUGGUCUGUCGCGGAGGCUGCUGAGAAGCAGACACUACAGAUUGGAGCCUCGGCGUGCGGGGCUACUGCUGUGGUAGACGUCCUGCAGGCGCUGGGGAUUCCUGUUUCCCCGGAAACAGCUGACGAAUGUGUCCGGACCCGACUACGGAGGAAUGAGGCACCACUGUGGGACUACCUGCUUUCCCGUAGUGAAGCUGGUGCCACACACCAGCAGCUUAUUGAAGGCGCUGAGCGUGCCAGUGGGGGGCAGGUUGUGGGCCGCUUAUUUGCCCUCCACCCCCCUCGGCAGGUGCAGCUGGUGCCUUGGUUGGCUAGCUGGAUCUCCAGAGGUGCCGUUCCUGUGGCGACUAUGAACAUGCAGCAGGGUGUACACAAGGGUGAGGAGAUACCAGAUGCCUGGCAUCAUCAACUGGUGUUUGGGGUGGGGCCCAGUGCUGUGUACAUGACCAACCCGCUGGAUGUGGUGAGUGAGGCAGUCAUGCACAAACGGCUGUGCAGUGAGUCUGUGCUUCUGAUUCGCCGAGAGGAUGUCCUUCAAAGAUGGUUGGCCAACACUCCCGCCGGCACACUGUCUGAAGUCAGUUCUCACCCACGGUGGACAGCGCUAGAUGUGGAGGACCAGGUGAGGAAAUUAUGCCAUGAGGAAGGCUGUGAAGAUGAUGGGGAGCUGAAGAUGAGCCACAUUGUCAUCCCAGCAGCGUAUCAAUCAGGAGUUAUGCUUUUUGCUCUGCGGGUCUCUGCCGUAGGACAGGAACUCCUGUGUACCCCUGAAUUGCCUCUCUUGUGAGUCAGGCUCUAACCUCAGCCUAGUGCAGCUGGGUCUGUCACCAACUGGCCUUACUGUGGACAUAGCAGGCCUACUGUUAGUUAUCUGACACAAUUAUGAUUACUCUAUAUUAAGGUAGGGUACACUCUUGACACAUUAUGUAAUAACUCAACAAAAUAUAACAAAUUUGUAGCCUACUUUAUCAUUUUAUAUUACAGCAUUACCCUUUUAUUAUUAUCACCAUUAUCACCAUCAUUAUUAUUACAUCAUCUAAAAAUCAACAUCAGCCUAGCCUGUUUGUAAUCCUUUUUGGGUAACUUCUUUGUCUCUGUGACAGAAUAGCAGGCAAAAGUUCAAAUAAAGAAUGACAGAAUAGUCAGUGGGUCACUUGUUAUUUUAUGAAUGAGGUUACAAACUCCUUUAGUCACAAAGUGUUUUGAGAAACUCAUUAAUCAACGAAUGAUUUUAAGUAUGAGGUCACAAACUAUUUAGUGAUACGAAGCUUUCAGGAAACGCACCCCUGAAAAUUUACCUAAAUAUAUCUAAUGAAAAUUUGUUACAUUUUGUUGAGUUGUUACUUAAUGGGGCAUUAAUGUAUAAUGCAUUGUUACAAGAAAUGGUUUGUAAAUCAUCUUUGACCUAUCUUAAUUAAAAAAUAGUAGAAAGAAAAUUAUCAGCCUUAUCUAUCUGUCUAUUUUAUUAUUAUUGUUAUUAUUAUUCGCACAUAUUCUGAAUUUGGUGCCUGCAUGAAAUUGUAAUAAAACAGGGCCAACAUAAGACUAGAACUUGGAAUUGUGGAAUGUCCAAAAACAUCUUGAAUAAGUGACAUUGUCAUGCUCCAGUAUAGAAACAGCAUCCACUGAAGGCCCUGUUAUUUAAGAAGAAGGAUGGACUGAUGCUCGUCAUUUUGCACAAAUCUGUAUGUUUUUGGAGUGCGCAGGAUUUUAGUGUACGGGGGGUUGUUUUUUGUACGUGGAUUACUCAUUUAGCCAGAUGUAAUUAAUGCCAAUUUGACAUGGUCCUGGAUAUGUCGGUUUUUCGAAACUCCUGCUGGAUGUGUUGUCAUAGCAGCACCUCCAAAUCCUCAAACCUGCUCAGAGCAGGUUUGUUCUGUGUAAACAAUGAUUAACUCACAUACUUAAUCAGUGUCCGUGUAUAGAAAUCCGUUCAGUUAUGGGCUCGCCAUUCAUGGAUGCACAAAUAAUAAGAAGGGAAUUUCAAAUUGAGAGGGUUUUGCGCGAUCGGCAAGUUCCUUAUUGUUGCCAGAUGAUAUUGUUUUUGAAGCCGAGAUGGAAUAUCUUAAAGAUUUAUUAGCUCCGUAUAGUAGAAGUCCCAACUAUGUGCAAGUGCAUUGCCUUGAGAUAUUUUGCAAGAGGCACUUUUUUGUACACUGUUGGCGAUGCAGAAAAUAUGUCAAAGAGUACAGUUUGCCAGGCAAUUUGCGAAGUCUGGUUGGUUCUGAAAUAUUUCCUUUGAAUUUUUAUUGUUUUUCCUGGAGACCUGCGAGUGCAGACAAUUAAAGAGGUGUUUUAUGCCAUUGCAGGUAAUGUAUACGCAAUAAAAUUGCAGUUCUAUAAAGAAUUUAAAAAUCACACUAAUAUUUUUAUUACCCAGAAUUUCCAGUGGUUUUGUCUGCUAUGGAUUUAAUUUUGUGCCAAAAGUAUCAAUCAAAAUUUUGAAAACCACAAGCAAAUUAUUAAGUAUCAGAAUGAAAAUAUGUAUUCCAAAUAUCAAAAAAGUCAAAUAAAAUAAUUUUUUCCAUCUCUAA